AUGUUGGAAUGUAAGGACUAUGUACCAGACUGGAAAGUCAUCAAAGAAAUGGACAACUACAACAUCGAUAUCCUAGGAAUCCGUGAAACGAGAUGGACAGGAGCAGGCAGUAUGCAGCUUGCAAAUGGACAAGCACUUCUCUACUCAGGACGAGGCUUAAAAAAGAAAUUAAGAAAAACACUGAUGGAAUGGAAACCAGUUGGAUCAAGACUUCUCAUUGCUAGAUUCAAUUCCAAGUACACAAAGCUCAACACUGUAUCGUGCUAUGCUCCAACUGAGGAUGCUGAGGAAGAAGAUAAAGACAUGUUCUAUGACCAGUUACAGCAGAUCCUGCAAAAUGUUCCAGCACAUGAUAUGCUGCUUAUGAUUGAGGACUUCAAUGCAAAAGAGAGAAGAUCCUUGGAUACAAAAAGAAGAAAAAAGAAGAGUGGAUCCAAAAAGAGACUUGGGAAAAAGAUUGCUGAAAGAAAAGAAACAAAAAGGAAAAUGGAUGCUUCCAGCUCACAGAGGCUUAAAGAUUGUUUCAAGAACAAAUACUCGGAGCUGGACAAGGAAGCUAAGAAGAUGGCAAAACAUGAAAAGAAAGCCUACAUAGAGGGUUUGGCAGAGCAAGCUGCACAAAGACAAGAUUCAAAAACUCUAUACUGA